AUGCACUCCACCACCCUCAUCUCCUUCCUUCUCCUCCUCCUCACCCCCCUCUUCGCCAUCGCCCAAGACACCAUCAUCGGGCCCACCACCACCGCCCCCGCAGCCGGCGCUGAAUCCACCUCCUUCUCCAGCACCACCACCGUACGCACAACUGUCACCUCCACACAAGUCACCUUCAUCACCAUGACCGGCGUCCCCCCGUCCUCAAGCACGUCAGUUGCCAUUUCCUCUUCCUCCUCUUCCACUUCCUCCCCUGUUGCGGAUGCCACUGCAACGAUUUCUAAACCCUCUGUUAGCGCUACUGGUAACGGUACUGCCAUUGCGACCGGGAGCCCCUCGGCUGUUCCAUUUGUGGGUGCUGCGCCUGGCGCGUUCAGGGCGUCGGCGGGGAUGGGCGCUGUGGUUAUUGCGGCCGCCGUAUGGCUGUUGUAG